AAAAGAAACAUAUUUAUCCUCUCAUUUUUCUAUUGUAUUCUAGUGAAAAUAUGCAAGGAAAUCAACUGAGUAUAAAAAAGGAAACAAGAGUACUGGGGGCCAUACAAAUAGUGAGUGGUCUGAUUUGUCUCUUACUGGGAAUUAUCUGGUCGUAUUUGCGUAUCUCACACAAUUUUGUAUUUCAAAACUAUAUUGCUGUGUUAUCAAUGGCAGCAUACCCAUUCUGGGCAACUCUGAUUGUGACCUGUACUAUUGCAGCGAAUAUCUUAAGUGCCAGCAUUGCAAUAAUUGGUCUAUUUUUACUAAUAGCAGAAUUCAUCAUCAAUUUAAAUCCAGAGGCUUCUCUUUAUUGGCCCCAGAGAUGUGGUAAAAUACUUUCACAGUAUUUGUUCCUAUUCAUCACCUUGGAAUUUAUUGUUGCAUGUAUAGUGACCCAUUGGUCAUGCCAGGCAAGACGUACAAGAUAA